AUGUCAGCAGCUGUUUUGCUCUCGCAGUUGAAGGGUCUGCUUGAUAAGACCGAACAUUUGAAUGGCAAAUUCUCUAAGGUCUAUCCAACAGGUGACCAGUGGGACACUUUAAGCAACUUGAGUUCAAGGCUCUCAGAAGCGGCGAAGACGGUUCAGGAAGAAAUCCGAGUACUGUUGGAAUCGCGGUCAGACCGAGCAUGGAAGGAAAGUGAGGAACACAGGUCUAAAGCACAGUCAUGUAGGGGUGACCUUUUUGCGAAAGGUCGAUUGAAACAGCCAGCUGUAUUCCGGAGAAAUAUCGUCACUAUAUUUAAAGGUCCAAAAACUUCAACAUUUGAUUCCGAGGAUAUAAAGUUCAAGAAUGAAUCUACCCUCAAGAGGUGCGAGUUGAUCCGAGGCUUAAGUCCUGACGGGGUGAUUUCAUGGGCAAUGGCGUUCGCGCCUACCCUUUGGGCCGGAGGCUCGAUAUCUGCGGACAUAUUUACUUGUCUCCUCGACGACAUCGAACCCGAGCUGGUCCAGACUUGGCCCCAGGUAAUACGAGACACAUUGCACAAGCUUAUGGAAGAUGAAGAAUCUUUAAAGAAGUCCCCUGAAUAUCAGGAGUUCCUCCAAGCACUCGACGAUCAGUCGCGGAAGCCAGUAAAAAAUAGAAAAAGGCGGCGCACUGAAGACGAAAUUGAGCAAGUGAAAUCAGCAACGGAAGAUGCAUUAUCGCCGUCUAAUGAAAGCAGAGAAAUGAAAUAUAUGUACACAAAUGCACCCGCUAGCAACAUAUCGAACUUGCCCGAGCCAUUCAGAACAGCCGUCGAGAAUAGCCGCCUGUGGAAGUGGGAACGAAGUCAAGAACUGGUGACGACAGGAUGCUUGGCUAAUUGGUGGUGCUCGUCACCAGAUGAGGAAGAGGUGCGCGAGUUUGGGAACGAGAUUAUCGCCUAUACAAUGAAUAAGUAA